AAAUCAAUUAUGUUAACGGUGAUAUAUACGUUAUCAUGUUCUUUUAAAACAUCGGAUUCCAUCUUAGAAAUAUUAUUAUUCAAUAAUUAGAGGAACGUCCAUUAAUUCUUAUUAUCCAAUCGCAUUUAUCCAGAUUAGAUAAUAAAAUAAGAAAUAAAGAAGAAACGUAUAACGCGUUUCCAAACUUAUCUAUAUAUUCCAAUGAUAUACUGGAUACAAGAGAAUUGUGGUGAUGUUUCAAGGAUGCGAUUUCAGCUUUAAGUGUUAUACUAUCCAAAAUAUCAUAAGUUUGUUUUAUUUUCCAUGAAAUUGGUUCUACUGUAGUUAAUUUUCUGUCGUAUUAUAUGAUCAGAAAUAAAUAACAUUCGUAACCUUUAUUUUAUUUAUAUUCUUAUAUUCUACAUUCGUAAUUAGUAAAAACAAGUUAUGUGCAAUGGAUUGCAAUUUGUUGUGUUUUUUCAUAAUACGAUAAAUUUUUAUACUGUCACCUAUGUUAAGAUUUUUUUCUACAAAGAUUUAUUGCAAUGAUAUAUCGGUCAAUAUGUGUAAAAAAUAAUGUACCGACUAAAGGAUCAAAGGCACUAAACUAUACAUGCAUAUCAUUCAUUCGAUAAAUAUAAUGGGGAAGCAAAGUGAAUCAUGUUGGUGGUGUGUAAAAAUUCUCAAAUGGAUUCCAAUACUUUUCAUCUUGGCUGUCGUUGUUUGGUCUUAUUACGCAUUCGUUGUGCAACUAUGUUAUUAUAGGAUAGAAAAUGACAUUCAGAAAGCCUUCUAUCUAAUUUUCUUCCACAUAAUAUUUCUGCUCUUCUUAUGGUCCUAUUGGCAGACGGUAUUCACAGACUUAGUAUCUGUUCCAGAUAAGUUUAAAAUACCAGAGGUAGAAAUUGAAAAACUGCAACAAGCAGAAACGGAAGAAGCUAUUAGACAGAUUUUGGAAAGAUUUGCGCAAGAUCUACCAGUAACAAAUCGUACUAUCAAAGGAGGUAUACGAUUUUGUGAGAAAUGUCACUUGAUAAAGCCGGAUCGAGCACAUCAUUGUAGCAUUUGUGGUACUUGUGUCUUAAAAAUGGACCAUCAUUGCCCAUGGAUAAACAACUGUGUAGGCUUCCACAAUUACAAAUUUUUUAUGUUGUUCUUGGCAUAUGCCCUUCUUUAUUGUAUAUUUAUAAUAGCUACAUCUUUACAAUAUGUUAUACGCUUUUGGAAAGGAGAAUUAGAAGGAAUGGGUAGGUUUAACCUGCUCUUUCUCUUUUUUGCUGCUUUAAUGUUUGCAGUGAGCCUUAAUUCUCUUUUCUUUUAUCACUGCUACCUUGUGCUACAUAAUAGAUCAACAUUAGAAGCCUUCAGGCCUCCUAUGUUUCUCACAGGAAAAGACAAAGAUGGUUUUAGUCUUGGAAAAUAUAAUAAUUUCCAAGAAGUAUUUGGCGAUAAUGCACGGCUGUGGUUCCUUCCUGUUUUUACUAGUCUUGGAAAUGGUGUCACCUAUCCAGUACGUUCGCAACACCAGGGCAUAACGAAUACUUAUGAUUCCAUGGGCAGUACUCGUAACAGUUUCGGAGAUGGGGUAAAUUUUCCCGAGCGGCUGUACAAUGAAGAUACUCAUACUCUGUUGGGAAAUGGAACCCAACAAUGGGGUGAUGAAACAGAACUUGGCACCACAUCUCCUUAUAUGUCUCAAUCAGCACAGCCGUAAUACCUCAUGCUGUAAAUGCCAAUCAACCACUGGUGGAUACAAUAGAAAUUGUUUGACAUCUUUAAACAGUACUUGUGAUCUUCAUCUCUCAUCUUGUUUCAUAAAUCGAGAUACAUAGACAAUAUUGAAUUUCUGUAACCUGUGUUCUCUGUCAUUCUUUAUUAAAUUUUGCAAAUAUUAUUUGUUAUAGUCAGAACAAAAUUUUACAAUAAUUUAUAUAUAUAUAUAUAUAUAUAUAUAUAUAUAUAUAUAUAUAUGUAUGUAUGUAUAUAUAUUCAUGGGUUUACAGAGUGCCUUGUGCAAAAAUAUGUUUAAUGUUGGCAGAUCAUAAUAUUAAUGGUACCUUUCCUAAGACAUAUAAUUAUAUGAAAUAGUGUAAUGUGGCUCAGUAUUUAGCAUAACUUAUGAUAUAAAUUAUUAUGAUAAAUUUAUUCUGAUAUUUUGAAUAAGUAUUACAUUAUUCGAACACUUUCUUUAUUAUUCUUUAUUGCUUAACAGAAAAGCAUAUUGCUUAAUAAAAUAAGUGUGCUAUAUAUAUGAGUCUUGUAUAUACCCCCAGAAGAAUUGUAUAUCCUUUAAACAAAAUGAGAGAUAUAAAUUGAAACGUUAAUGAUCACUCAGCAUUAUGAAUAUCGAUGAGAAAGAUCUUCAUAAGUAAGAAGGAAAACAUCACAGACCUACAUUCUAUAAAUUUAUAUUGGAAAUUGUGAUGUUGAAUAUAUUAAUUCAUUGUUUGAUAUAGUUUCAUCAAGAUUAACUGAUGGAUAAAAUCAAAUUUUAUUGCUGAUCAAUAGCAGUGCUGAAAUACUGAGCUGGCUCAGUUGAAAUUUACAAAGACAAUGUAAUUAUAAACUCCCCAUACUUGAACUAUCUUUUUGUGCUCUAAUGGUGAUUUUAAUUUUCGAGAUCAGGUAUAUGCCUAUUAUCUCAGUACAAAUCGAAACGUGACAGAUAUUAUUAUUGUUAAAAUUGUACUAUAUAUGAUCCAUAUAUAGCUGUAAAUUAUUGAUAAUUUUUUCUUUUCUAAAGUAUUUUAUUGCAAUAUUAUAACAGAGAUUAUCACUGUUUAAAAAUUCCUAUAUUCCAUUAUUUUUCAUUUUAAUAUAAAUAAUAAUUUUUUUAUAAUACAAUGUUUUAAAAUGAUUACAAUUUAUACCUUUGAGCAGAGAAUAAUAAAACAGUUCUUUCUUUUUUUUAUUUUUCAUUGAAGGUAUAGCACAUUUUUUAAAUUAUUAUUGUUAACAAAUGUUUGCACAUAAGAAAACAAAUUAAAAGCAAAAUAAUAUUACUAAUUCAUUUGCAAUGGUAGUCAUAGUUUCUGAUAAAUGUUAUAUGCAUAAGUAAUAUAUUUGUGAGAAGACUUAUAUUAUGUCGAUUUACUCUAAACAUCUUUUAUGUUCUGAAAAAUUUUUUAUAUGCAAGCUACUUUAUAUUCACGUUAGAUCAAACUGCCACAUCUAACAGACUAUAUACGCUUAAGUUUACAAUAUAUAGUAUAUAAAAUAUCA